AUGAAGCCAUCUGCAAAACCUGAGACCUUCCUGCUGGCCAUGGCGCUGCUCUGCACCCUCCUGGGUCUGGGACUAAGGAGCCAGGCCCUUCUCCUCAUCGUCAUUGAUCUUUUUUUAUCUGGGAUGCAGAACUCAGCCUCAGGGUACUCACUAAGCUGUGAGGUGUGUGUCGGUGACCGUCCCAGUUGCAGAGGAAAACUGCAGACUUGCGCCCCGGAUGAGGACUCCUGCAUAGUUGUCGUGACUGAGACCAACAGAAAGGCCUCCUUGGUGGUGACCAGCUACAAGGGGUGUGCGAAAUCCAGCCAGUAUGAGUCCGGAUUCUUCGGCAUCACCAUGAACCCUGAGAACUACAUGGGCUCCAAGAGGCGCUGCUGCCAGAAGGAUGGCUGCAACCAGGACCCCCUGCCCGCGUUCGUGAGAAACCAUACAGAGAAUGGCCUUCGGUGUCCUUCCUGCAUCGCUGCCUUUAUGGAAACAUGCACUGCGACUGCGGAAGCGCUCUGCGUUGGCGAGGAAACCCACUGUGUCGCCGUGUCUGGCCUCGUGCGGCCUGCAAGUGACAAACUUGCAGUCCAGGGCUGUGGUACCAAGACCGCCUGCCACACCAAGCCUGGGACACUGGUGCCCUCAGGCUCUCGUUUGUUUACCAUCAAGAAGACCAGCUCAUUCAGGAGAAAUCUGACAGAGAAUGGCCUUCAGUGUCCUUCCUGCUCCACCUUCCUCAAGGAAACAUGUACCCCGACUGAGGAAACGUUCUGUUUGGGUGAAGAAACCCGCUGUGUCACCAUGACUGGCCUCAGGCACCCUGCAGAUGUCAAAUUUGCUUCCCAGGGAUGUGCUAUGGAGAACGCCUGCCACAUCAAGCCUGGGACCCUGGUGCCCUCAGGCUCUCAUUUGCUGACCAUCAACAAGAUCAGCUGUCUUCCAAGCCCCCAGGCUUCUGGCAAAGCUGAGUGAAGAACUGAGGCCCAUGUAGUGUUUGGUCUCCAUUCCUUCUCAGCUAUAGCUUCCCACGUGUCUAUAAAUUAAACGAAUCAACAGAA